AUGGAGAAGAAAUGCGACUUGUACAAAAUGGUCUGGGAGCUGGAAUGUCCCUUCAAGGAGUUUCGAGACAAUGAAUUGUCAGAUUUCUGGAGCACGGGCGCCUCAGGGUCGCGCAGCACGCAGUUCAGCCAGGACAAGUCGGCGCAGAUGGAGGUGCAGGUGCAACCACUACCCAGGUCUGUGAUGAGGGCCACGAGGACCUGGACCAGGGCGUCGCAGCUCGCUGAGAGGAAGUGGGAGACUGGCGUGGUGAUCUAUGAGGACGAGGAGGAACGAAUGUCCGUGCAGGAUAUCCAAGUGGCCCAUGCAGCUGUGAUGCAGCGCUGCCCGUUCCUCCGCCGAGUGCUCUCCGUCUGCUACAUGCUGGAGCGAGUUGAGGGUUUCAGUUUCGAGCAUCAGUCGCACGGCUUUACUUUCAAAGUGGGGCCCGAAGGCUGGAGGCCCUUCUACCACAUCUACUCUCUGGGAGUGAAGCCAGGCGGAGGAGCGCAUCAUCGACCGUACUUAUCCAGAAAUGGUUGGUACCUCGUCCGUCUGUACCAUCUCGGCGCUUGGCGCUCUGUGUACGUCAACGACGAAGUACCUUUAGACGCCUUCGAUUCUCCGCUGCUGCCGUUCGCGCCGCUCAAGGAAGCGUCUGAGACCACUGGGGUGGAGGUCACUGAUGAUGUCCAGCUAUGGCCGCUGCUGAUAUGUAAGGCUCUUUUGAAGGUGGCAGCGCCUGACAUGAAUCUGGAUUACCAGCCUGAUAGCUGUGAGGAUGAAGUGCCAGAUUUUGACAUACUACACUGUCUUACUGGAGGACUGAGGAUCACUUAUGAGAUUGACAGUUCUGAAGAUACUUGGAAAUUACUGUCUACUGAAGUGCCUACUUUCUAUUGGGACGGUGUCCAUAGUGCCAAUUCCCAGAAGAUAAAGAAAAAACACAUGAGCAGAGAAAAUAUCAUUGGGAAUCUAUCUGCCACUCUUAAAGCUCGAACUACGCGCUAUCCCAUGACGUCAAUAACAGUCAAAGACAGCAGGCAGUACGCGCCAUACUACUUGCCCGGCAUCACCCCGGGCGAGGAGAUGGAUCUGCUGGUGACGAUGAUCAGGGAUCUACCGCUGAAGAGACCUAAGCCGGAGCCGAAGAUACCAAAAUGGAAGACAUACCGCUGGAUCCACUGGGCGCGCGCGCACGGACUGUACGAGGAGUACGCGUGCCCCCGCACCAGGUAUCUCAAGGUGGAGGGGCUGCUGCAGCUGUCUGCGGCCCCGCAUCUGCUGGGCUUGAGAAGCACCCCCUCGAUAAAUCCAGAGUUUAGAGAAGAACAAGCAAACGCUGGUAAAGGAAAAAAGGUAGAACCAAAAAAACUGUUAAAAAAGAAACCGGAGAAAAGAAAGAACUCGAAGUCACUGAGGUCAGUCAAGUCGUUGAGGUCAAUCAGAUCCAUGAGGAACCUGAGGAAGUCCUCGUCGAAGGCCGUAGACAAAGUGGCUGAGGAGACAGAGUGGUGUAUUUUUGACGUGAUUCAGCCGAUGAUCAAAUAUAUAGACAUCCUAUACUUUCCGUCCAUGUAUUACUUCGCAUCGAUAGUAAGCGACAAUUUAAUAAAACCAAUAAUCAUAAGUAUUGGACAAGCUAAAACAACACAUAUAGUAGCACCGAAAGCAUCACCAAUUUACCUGCAAGUUGAUAGUGAAGAAGAGAUUAUACUGAGAAUAUCCUUGGAAACUUUAAAUCCGACAGUAUUCGUCAAUUCAGAAGAAUACUCACAUUGUGAAAUAGAACCAUCUUAUCUGUUGGUGGAGAAGUUCAAAUGGUUUGUAGAUUUGGACCCGCCAGAUGUGAUAGGAAAAAUAGGGACAAUUGGAUACGGUUCCACAGAAAUAAAGCUGAAGCCUGGAAGACAUUUUUGUAGAUUAUGGAUCCACGCUCCAUUACAUUAUCACGCGAUGGUCAUCAGCAAAUCGGCUCUUGUGGUAGGAAGUCGCGAUGUGGUAUUGGCUGCAGCGGCUGCUGAAUGUCCAUGGGCUUCCAGAUAUUUGAACAACAUUGGAGAAAGCUUCUCAUCUUUUACACGAAGCAGCAGAUCCAUGGUGGAUGUGAUUGGACGGGAAAGGGACUUUUAUAAAUCCUACCAACCAGAUUUGGAGUGGAAUGAAGAAAAAGUAGGUUUUAAGAGGAUACACAUUCAUUGGAUGUUCAACCAAGCGCUGCACUCUUUGCUCAUGAGGAAACUCGCAGAUCCAGAGUACAGGAGCGCCUGUCAAAUAUUGAGGAGAGUGUUGUGUGAUCCCAACUUUGGUCUCCCUCCUAAGCGACCAAGGAGUGAACCAGAGGAGACAAUCGAAGAAACGAAUUAUUGUUGCUGCGUCAACAAGGAGUGCAUGGAUAUACACAUGCCCCAUGUAGGUAACACCACUGGGUAUUACAAUGCGCCAGAUAGAGUUAAUGCGUGUCCGAUAACGUACGUCAUAGGAGAUGAAAGUAUAAAGAUAGCUGAGGAGCUGGCACGGAAUAAGGCAGCGACAGUCAUACAAGCACAUUGGAAAGGCGCUUGGACUAGGAAGUAUUUGAAACAGCAAGUUGAAACCACUUCUGAUACAUUAAAAUGUAUCAUGGAUACAGCUUUUGCAAAUACAAAAGUUUUAUCAGAGCUGAUGAAUGAGUUCUUUGUCAAAUUUCCUGAAGCGAGAUCCGCUUACUCGGUAUCAUCGGCGCUAACAUGUGACAAGAACCUGAAGGUCUACCCUGGGAAGGUCAUGGUUACCGCCCAGUGUCUCUGGAUACCGUUCUUCCAAUCCACCUUUCACUGCCAUGGUCCUGUCAAAGUCCACUUCGAUAUCAAGAGCCCUUAUGUAAACAACCUGCUGGUGUACGAUAAUGAUACAGGAGUUGAGAAGAAACUGGCCUACUCCUCGCAUAGGACUUAUGAAUUUGAUCGAAAUAUAAAAGGGUACACAGUUGUUGGUUACGCACGUCUAAGGGAACCGCAACCGAUGGAGAAACCAACCGAAGUGCUCUGGCAACUGACCGUCCUCACCAACAUGGCUGAUACUUUCCACAUCUGUGACAACGGCGACAGAUGCCGAGAGCUGCCGCUGCUUUCGGCGACUAAGAGUCGCAGUUACGAAAUGUAUCUGCCCAACCGACGGAACAUACUGUGCGGGCUUCAAGUUUCGGUGAAUAAACCGGAGAUAUUGAGCUUGAGAGUUGCACCAUCUUUUCCUGAGUUGAAACUGGAAGCCGUCAUUCGCACCAACACCGAGGAUCAAGUGGUGGAAGUGGGAAGGUGCAGCGGGGAGGGCGAGCUGUUCUGGCCGGCCAUACGUCUGGAGCCCACCACUCCGCGGAGCCCGAGGGCGAAGCCUCCGGCGUCACACUACAGCCUGUUCUCUGAAUCGGCAAUAAAAGCUAAACAUUCCAAGUCGAGAACUUCUGCCAAGUCUUCAAUAUAUCAAAAGGCUGCAAGAAAUCUGGCUGAAUUUGAACCAAAAUCGUUCACUAUUGAAGUAACAGCCCUCACUGGGUGGCCGACGACGACUGCGCAGUGGAGGAGGGUCGAGGAGCAUCGAAGGUCCCGCGCCGAACAACCAGGUUCCCUGGACUCUGUGAAGAAACAGGUUAAAGAGAAGUUUUCCAUUACCCGCAACAAACCACCUCCCUACGUUCCCAAGCCCAACGACGCGUACGUCGAAGUGGAGUACUCGCACGUCGGUGACAAUGUCGCCGUUCGACGUGACGACGACAGGGAGCAGCAGUUCUACAGCGCAGUGCGGAGUUGGAACGCCAGCGAUCCACAGAGGAAGGUGAAGUGUGCUGAAGUCAGGAAAGAGUUUCGGGAGCUGUACCUGGAGCCGAUGCCGUCAGCGCCUUCGCCCAGCGAGUAUUCGAUACAUGAGGAGGAGGUUGAAGGCGAAUUUAUGAAGGAGGAAACAGGCAAUCCAAUCACGCCCAAGGACAGCGAUGAUGAUGAGCUGUACCUAACUCUGCCAGACAAGCUGCGAGACAAGUUCGUACAGCUGGACUUUGUGCCGCUGUGCACCAGGGAGAAGACAGGAGACUGCAUCAUCAUGACACCUGAAAUGUUGGAAGCCGCAGAAAAGAAGAGACAAGAAGAAGCGGAGAACGCGUUAGAAGUGAUACACCAGCUGCAGCUGCACAAUGAGCAGCUGCUAGCACGGCAGAAGUUGAGGUGUCUCAUGCUGGAGAGGAGAUUCCCAGAUGUGAAUAAUUUGAAUCCAGAUCUGCAGAAAGCUUUCGAGAACAGAGACAGACUGAUGCCCAGGGUACAAGAAGCAAGAGCGGUCUCCACCACCAGUAUUAGAAGGAGAAGAAGAAAAUAGUAUG